AUGGCUGGUUACGACGAGCUUUCAGAACUAAUCGGGUCGCGCCCCGACCUGGCCAUCUUUCGACGAUUUGGCCCUUUGGCGGCACAGGUACUCCUUCGUAUCCAAGCCGAGCUGCUCGAACUGGACGAUGAUCUAAAGGCGUUGAGAAGUAUUGAGCUACAGAAGCCGGGCAUUUGUGAGCAGGCACAAUCUUGGGAGAAGGUGAAUGAGGCAGUCAACUCGGGUCAACGGAGUCUGCGGAAAGAGACUAUUACCAAAGCUGAGGAGACUUUGACACGAUACUAUGAUUUCGCCUCGCGUGCCGCAGCUGUCAUGAAGUUGAGCGGACCUGACGAGUGUGACAUCGAUUUCCUUCGAGGCUGGCUUGAGGAUGAGAAGUGCGGCAACAACUUUUUGCAGUACCACGGGACAUCUGAAGCGACGGCGUGGAAGCGAGAGUGUUCUGAUGAUCUCAUGGCGCUCAACAAGAGACCUGAUCGGUUUGCAGCAUGGGUGUCCAAUGUUUUGCUACCGAUAUACCACACCCGACUGGGCAAUCGGUGGCACAAACGCACAGCUCCCAGCAACCUCGGUCCCAUCUAUCGUUAUGACGACAACAAGUUCGCGGUCCUGGGAGAUAUCAUUUGCACUAUUCUCUCGGUGGUGAUACCAUCCUUGUCAAUCUUUGUCCUAUACUACGUGAGUAACAUGUUAGUCCGGCUGCUUUUGAUUCUCGGGUUCAGUUCACUGCUGUCGCUGGUCAUGGGACUCAUCUCACAGGGUAAACGCUAUGAGAUCUUCACGGCGACUACUGCUUUUGCUGCUGUCCAAGUUGCUUUUGUAGGAGGUGUUACGGUGGUCUCCAAUGCACAAUGUAUUAACUAG